UUUUCAUAUUUAAAUUAAAUUUCAUGCAGGAAUGUAUAACUAAAAAUUACUACGUUGAUCUGUUUGAUUUUGAAGCAGUUUAUUAAUUCUGCAAGCAGAGGUGGGCAAGCUUAUAGAGAUCACGCAAGAAUAUUUGAGUAAUGUAAAUACAUUUGUCACGCUCUCAGUUUGCUUCGUGCGUACUUGCAUGGUUUCAGAAAAAGUCGGCAUAUUCGGCACAAAUCAGUAUUCUUAGAAGGGUUGGUCUUGAACCAGACGUAUAACGGCAAGAGCUGUAUAUAAAGAGAAAUGGCAGAUAAAAACGGGAACGUAGUGAUGUUAGAUCCUAGACGAAAUCAGACGAUAGAAAGAAAAAAGCUCUUUGAAGAAAUGCUAUUGAAAGAGAUGCCAGGCACCAACAGAGCAAACGAACCAAUGCAUGCUGUUCUUGAAGGAGAACUUGGUGAAAGUGAGAAGGUGGAGGGAAGAGAAGCUCAGAACGUCAGAAAUCAUGCUUUAAUACACUAUCUUGCAACAUUAGCAAAUUCAAACAGCACCAAAGAUAAAUUUGAUUUUGAUUUCGUUGAAUCUCUUCUUCAAAACGGCGCAGAUAUCAACAGUGCUGACAAAACUGGACAAUGUGUGUUUCAUGAAGUUGCAAGAUCUUGGAAUAUUGACGUCGCGACAUUUCUAAUUGAACAUGGUGCCAAUGUGAAUCAACAAGAUCAGUAUGGUAGGUCACCACUUCAUGUUGCUGCCGCAGUUGAUUACGCCGAAAUGGUUGAAUUUCUUCUACAAAAUGGAGCCGAUAUUGAUAUCAAAACAUCUGGCGAAGGACAGACUCCAAUACAUUUUGCUGCUAAAAAUGAUGCAAUGAACUCACUUCAGAUGUUGUUAGGAUAUGGUGCAAAUGUUGACGCGCGAGACAGCAAAAAUAGAACACCAUUGCAGGUUUCAGCUGAAAUGAAUCGUUCUAAAGCUGCUAAACUCCUGAUUGCUGAAGGUGCUCCAGCUGGUGUUUAUGACAAUUUGGGAAACUCUGCCUUGUCACUUCUCAUUGAAAAGAUCCCUGAAGUGGCUUUAGAUGCAAUGGAUCAGUUCCACUCAGUGGACACAAUCAAUCGUAAAGAAUUCUAUUUUCUCAACUAUCUUGAAGGUACAAAGUUAAAAGAAGAGAAGACGCCUGCUAGAACACCGCUUGAGAUUGCUGUUCAGAAUGAGAGAUUUGACAUCAUCAUGCAUCCCAUCAUGCAACGUCUGAUUGGAGUGAAAUGGCAAAUGUACGGAAAAUGGGGAGCCAUCUUUGAUUUGGUAAUAAAUCUGGUUUACACCAUAUUAUGGACAGUUCUUGCGGUAACUCUGCCAUCGUAUGGACGAGACCUUUAUUUACCACUUGCAGAAAACUCAUGGAGACUGAUCAUUGGAAUUCUGCUCAUUCUAUUCACAUUACUUGAAAUACGAAAACAGAUAGUCAACACAUUGAUAACCCGCAAUGAAUUGAAGAAAUGGCGGGAAUGGCGUGCCGCAGAACUCGAACGAGAUCUGGCGUAUUGUCAUCCAAGAUGGCCGCAAGAAGAUCAAUACCUUAGAGCAGAAAUCAAAGCUGUGAGGAAUCUCUCGCUCAUUUCAGGCUCUGAUUGGUGGAUAUAUUUCGACUGGGCAGCGCUCGUGUUAAUCCUAGCAACGAUUGCAUCACACGUGACAUUCUUUCACUUCAGUAAUCAUAUAUCCAAAGAAAUCCAUCAUUAUAUCAUAAUACCACUAUUGCUGAUUCUUUGGUUGAGAAUUUUUAAAUAUGCCAGACCUUUUGAAGGCGCUGGUCCUUUUGUUGUCAUCUUUGGUCAUGUUUUGGGUGACAUCGUGAAGUGGGGAUUUUUAAACUCCGUCAUCGUCAUUCCGUUUACUUGCGCCUUCUGGAUCACAUUUGGGGCAAUUUCACUGACACCUGUCCAGGGUUACGACAACGUUGGCCCCUUGUUAUACAACAUCUUCUCAAUGAUGGUUGUUAAUGAUCAUGGUUAUGAAGUGCUGGAAGCGGCAAAUCCAGUUAUGGCGAGGCUGCUCUGUGGUGCUUUCAUCGGGAUUGCUGCGAUAGUCACCCUAAAUCUGCUCAUUGCUUUACUUUCGAACACAUUUGAGAGGUUGUACGAGAACGCAGUCGCCAACGCCGUGAUGCAAAGAGCAAGAACCAUACUCUUACUUCAAAAAUCAUUACGGAAAAAACAGAAAAAGAAAUAUUAUGACUUCAUUAAAACUAACGGUAGUCCUGAAGUUAUUGUUAAAACUCUUGGUCGGCUUUUGAUGAUGGAUGGUGAUGAUCACGCGACUAUUGAACGUGUGCGUGACGACGUGAAAGUUAUUGUAAACAUACUUGGUGAGAAGUUCGGAAGAAAAUUUGGAAAAGGAAAGAAAUCUGAUUUGGACUUUGUAAAAAUGGACGUGAGUAAAGUAAGAAGAUUUCAGGAGGAACUUAUUCUAGAAGUUAAAAACAUGAGGCAAUCAUUACAAGAAAUAACAGAGAAAGUAGAAGAAAUAAAGGCCAAGAGCCAAAACAACACUAACACUAACACAAAUAACAAUAAUAACAACACCGAAGACCUUACUAACAAUAAAAAUGAAGAAGACAAUGACAACAGCAUUAAGAACAAGAAUAAGGCUGCUGUCACGGCAUUUCCGGUGGAAAUAUCCACACACAUUUCGUCGGAAAAUGUGAAGAAAAACCGAAAAUCACGGCUUCGAAAACUAUCGGAUAAAAGUUCUAAAGAGGACUCCGAAACGGAAACAUCAGAGAGUGAAACUGAAAGCGGAAGUACAACAAAAAACAAUAAACACAGUAAAUCUAUGAAGUCAAGAAGGAAAGAUGGUGAACAUAAAAGUCGUAGAAAAAGCAGCGUCUUUAAAUAUUCGUCUCACAAACGCAAAACGCUCACCAAAGAUAGAAAUAAAGGUGAAGGUAAAAGAUCUCAACCCUAUUCACAAAAUGAACAAAAUUCGAUGAAUCAGCAACUCGCUUAUCCACCUACAGCAGACAUUCAAAGUCGAAGACGAGACAUGCAAUAUUCAGCAUUUGCUCGUCCGGGUGUGCAAGGUUAUCCUACAAAUCAAUAUUUGCAUAAUCAGACCAAUUACCUUCCCCUGCAAAACCAGGUACCCCAGGAGAACCACCAGUGGUUGAAACCAACAUCUAAUAGAAGUGGUUACCAACAACAGAACUCUUAUUUGCAACAGAGACAAGAAUUUAUUCAACGUUUUAACAAUAGGGAAAUGCCGAGAAGUUUCGACCAAAUGCAAUCCUCGCCAUAUGCAAGACAACCUUUUGUUCAAAAUCGGCUUCAACAACCCAUGAGCCUGCAGAAUGCCAAGGAAUCAUAUGGAUAUCAGAACUAUGGUUUUCAGUCCAUUGAUCAAAAUGCUGGAAAAGGCAUGCCAAGUGAGUACGACAAUCAUCUUAUGGCUCGGAAUAUACCACAAAUCCAAAACAAAGAUGGUCAGGCAGAACUCACCAGACCAAUACUAUCAUCAGCACUUCGCGAAACAAUCAGAUCCCAUAGUACACCUUUUAAUACAACUCAGAUCAUCAGUCCACAAUAUCAAAGAAGCAAAAACGAAACCCAGCAUCCACCUCAUGCAGUGAUGUUUUCCGCUGGUGUUCAGGCACAUGGCAAUCCUGCAGAGGAGUUGAAAGAGCAGACAGUCGAUUUUCCAAUAUUACGUUCCCCAAAAGAAGCAACUCCACAAGUCGACAAUCUCGAACCUCGGGUCGAUAUUCAUUUGGAGAAUGACAAACGCCAAGCGAGCCAAACACCUCAUGUUCCUACACAAGUCAGAGGAAGACAUAAGGAAGAAAGAGCUGAGAUUUCAACGGUGGAGACCACAAAUGUGUAUCCAGAAAGAAAAAUACCCGAGGAUGCAGGUAUAAAUGCAGAAAGUGCAACACAAGUGCAAGCUGGAAAUGGCGCUCCAGCGGUAGAAAUCCCGAUGAAUGACAAUUUAAUGGCACUAAAUAGUCCGACCAAUAAGAGUAAUCAGUAUCGUAAUAUACCCUCACCUGCGCCAGAAUUUUUGGAGAAAGUAGUUUACUUUCAAGGAAAAAUAGAUGAAAGUCAGUCCACUGAAUCUAUCAGUAACGGUUCACAAAAUCAAACAGAAAUGUCGAGAAGCGCUCCAAUAUCCAAGGCCUCUUCAAAUAAUGCUCCAUACAGUACGGAGUUUGUAGCGGACGAUCCUACUGAAAAGGUUUUAGAAAAUAUGUUCGAGUUCCCUGCUCCACCCGAAGGUUUAACAGCAGAGCCCGAAUUUGUAACCAUUGAUUUAGUGAACAAUCCGCAAGAUAUUGCCAGAUAUCAAGAUGGCGAAGGAACCUCGUCAGAAAAUACAUCCGUGAAUUCGCAAGCAAAAGUUGUAGACCAAAUCCCUUGUGAAGAAAUACAAGCAGAUGAUGAUAAUGAAACCAAUGAAGCAUCUUCACAUCUCGAUAGAGAAAACACAGAUGGGCAACAAUCAGAAGAAAUCAAAGUAGUCGGGAUAAAAGAUGACUCUCUUCCAGAUAUUGGCUGGGUAUAGAUUAAUAAUAACUAUUGAAAUUCAAUCCAAUAAUCAAUAUGCUUCAGAAUUUCAAUCCUUGACCUUCGUUAUAAUGAGGUUGAUUAUAACUGGAAGAGAACUAGCAAUGUUUAUUCUCAAUAAGUACUGAGUAUAAUAGGCCCACUUGAAUAUGCCUAUAGUUCAUACAGUGUAGCAUUAUAUGUAAGAAAGGAUAACUGAGAUCUAUACUGAGACCGGCCGCCAUGCAACGACGUCAUUUAUUAAUAGAAGAUGCGUUGUUUAGUUUUCGUAUAUUCAAGUAGAAAGCAGAAAGGAGGCAAGAGGCUGGAUUUGUAUCAUAAAUUAGUUAUAGAAAGGAUUUAAGAUGCGGAUAAUUAUAAGUUCAGUUUCUAAGAAAGUAGUAGCCAUGCAGUGCACCAGGAACACAAGAAUGUAUUUUACAUAUCAUCAUAUAGCUAGCAGCUAAAUAUAUAAAUUUCGAAAAAGCUGUGGUGUUCUUUCUCGUUGUUCGCAACAUCAAAACUUUUAAUCUUUGCGUCGCUCC